GCACACAAAAAAAAAAACCUAAAAAAGUUUUUCUUUUCCGUUUCGGCUGGCCUAACCUUUAACUAAAAAAAAAAAAAAAAUCAAAUCUUUCUUCUGUUUUUUAAUUCACCCAUAGUCUACAAUACCCUUUUCAUCAUCUACACAGAUACUAUAGAGCAAGCAAACCCUAUAAUCCAAUUUUUUUCUUUCAUGUUGAUUUGAUGAAUCCACAGAUCUGUGGUACCACAUGCUCUUAACUUUCAUCUUGUUUCAAGAUCAUUCUUUUAUUCAACUGGGACUUCAUUCACCAUAGUUUCCAUUCAAUUCAACCCUCUAAUUUUUCUUGGAUUCAUCAUUGAAGUGAGUGUUGUAGUUGUUGUUGGUUGGUUGGUUGAUGUGGAAAUUAUUGAUGGUUAUGUAUUGAAAUGAGGGAUGUUCUCAGAGUUGAUGAACUAUUUGACUAGGUGUUUUCGGCCACGUGUGGUUCGAUAUACGCAAGGGGGUUCUGAUGCUGGUGGUAAACAGGAUGGACUUUUGUGGUACAAAGACUUGGGGAAGCACUUGAAUGGUGAAUUUUCAAUGGCUGUGGUCCAAGCCAACAACUUAUUGGAGGACCAGAGCUAUAUUGAAUCGGGUAGUUUGAGUUCUAAUGAUUCUGGACCGUACGGUACUUUUGUCGGUGUUUAUGAUGGGCAUGGAGGGCCUGAGACAUCAAGGUUUAUCAAUGAUCACUUAGUUCACCAUCUCAAGAGGUUUGCUGCAGAGCAACAAACAAUGUCGGUGGAUAUAAUACGCAAGGCAAUUGAAGCAACAGAAGAUGGAUUUAUGUCUCUUGUUGCUAAACAGUGGUCAACGAAACCACAAAUUGCAUCUGUUGGAUCAUGCUGUCUUGUUGGUGUAAUUUGUAAUGGCACUCUUUAUAUAGCAAAUCUCGGGGAUUCCCGGGCCGUUUUAGGAAGAGCAGUCAAGGCAACUGGAGAGGUUUUAGCUGUGCAAUUGUCAACAGAGCACAAUGCAGCAAUAGAGUCUAUAAGACAUGAGCUGCGAGCUUCACACCCUGACGAUUCAAACAUUGUUGUUUUGAAGAAUAAUGUAUGGCGUGUGAAGGGCCUAAUACAAAUAUCUAGAUCUAUUGGCGAUGUAUAUCUGAAAAAACCUGAGUUCAAUAGAGAACCACUAUAUACAAAGUUUCGACUUCGUGAGCCGUUCAAGAAGCCAAUAUUGAGCUCAGAACCAUCGAUAUCUGUUCAUGAGUUGCAGCCACAAGAUCAGUUUAUUAUAUUUGCAUCUGAUGGGCUCUGGGAGCACCUUAGCAAUCAAGAAGCGGUUGAUAUAGUUCAAAAUAAUCCCCACUCUGGAAUUGCGAGGAGGCUUGUGAAAUCUGCACUUCAAGAAGCAGCAAAGAAGAGAGAAAUGAGAUAUUCAGACUUAACUGAGAUUGAACGUGGGGUUCGUAGGCAUUUUCAUGAUGAUAUCACGGUGAUUGUUGUGUUUAUCGACUCAAAUCUUGUGAGUAGGGCUAGCAAUGUUAAGUUCAGUAAUAUUUCCGUUCGAGGGGGUGGUGUCAACUUUCGUCCUAACACACUGGCACCGACAUAAGCUGGUGCUACCUGAUAUUAAGUUGCAUUUUUAUCUUUGUUUUGUAUCAUUUUCUUGUGUGAAUACCAGGUAUUUUCAUGUUCCAAUAGCAACAAACAAGGCACUUCGAUUCUUUAAAUCCGAACUGUAAGUUUUUAGAAUACUAAUACUCAUGUUUAGGUUCUUUCUUCUUUCCUCACAAAUUAUAACAGAAGAGAUAUUUUAAUGACCA